AUGUCUUUCCUCGGACUCGGACGCCCCCAACCCACCUCAGAGCAGAAGAUCGCUGCUGUCGAGGGCGAGAUGCGAAUGAUGGCCGACACAUACAACCGACUCCAGGCCAUGUGCCAGAAGAAGUGCAUCCCCACAGACUACCGCGAGGGCGAGCUCAACAAGGGCGAAUCCGUCUGCCUCGACCGCUGCACUGCUAAAUUCCUCGACACGAGCAUCAAGGUCAGCGAGAUCAUGCAAGCGGAGGGUCAAGCCGCCGGCAAUCAGGGAGGCGGUGGGCUCUUCUAG